CGGUUGGGGAGGCUGGCACGUGCCGACCACGUGCCCCGCGAAAUCGCCGCACCGUCGCGGCGUAAACUCGCACAGAAACGCAUCUCGAUGUCCGCCCACGCCGGCUCCGGCGCCGCGGGAGACGCCGGUGCGGCCCGAGCCGACGAUGAGGCGCUCGCCCUCCUUCCCGCCUCGGCGCCCGGGGGCGACCACGGCGACGGCGGCAGCAGCAGCGGCCGCGAGGAGGAGGAGGACCUCGAGGAGCGCGCGUUCGAGGCGUCCGAGAAGGUCAUCGUCUCCAUCUCGGACGACCCGGACGCGGACGCCGACCUGGAGGCGCAGCUCGCCUCGUCCUCGGGCUCGCCGCCCUUCUCGUGGCGGAAGCUCUGGCUCUUCACGGGCCCCGGCUUCCUGAUGAGCAUCGCCUUCUUGGACCCGGGCAACCUCGAGGGGGACCUCCAGGCCGGUGCCGCGGCCGGAGACACGCUGCUGUGGCUGCUCAUGUGGGCCACCGCCAUGGGCCUCCUCGUGCAGCUCCUCGCCGCGCGCCUCGGGGUCGCCACCGGCCGGCACCUCGCCGAGCUCUGCCGCGACGAGUACCCCGACUGGGCGCGCCGCGCUCUCUGGCUCAUGGCCGAGGUCGCCAUGGUCGGCGCUGACAUCCAGGAGGUCAUUGGAAGCGCGAUCGCCAUCAAGAUCCUUAGCAAUGGGUAUCUGCCGCUCUGGGCCGGCGUUGUCAUCACCGCCUUGGAUUGUUUCAUUUUCCUUUCUCUUGAGAACUAUGGUGUGAGGAAACUGGAAGCUGUAUUUGCAGUUUUGAUUGCAACGAUGGCAGUGUCCUUUGCAUGGAUGUUCACUGAUACCAAGCCUAAUGGAAAGGACCUGUUAAUUGGUAUUUUGGUUCCAAAAUUGAGCUCUAAGACAAUAAGACAAGCAGUUGGGGUUGUUGGUUGUGUUAUUAUGCCCCACAACGUUUUCCUCCAUUCAGCGCUUGUACAAUCGAGAAAAAUAGACCCAAAAAAGGAGUAUCAAGUCCGUGAAGCAUUGAGAUACUACUCAAUAGAGUCAACGGUCGCGUUGGCUAUAUCCUUCAUGAUAAAUCUCUUUGUCACAACUGUUUUCGCUAAAGGAUUCUAUGGUAGUAAAGAAGCUGGCAGUAUCGGCCUCGAAAACGCUGGGCAAUAUCUACAAGAGAAGUUUGGUGGGGGCUUUUUACCUAUCCUCUACAUUUGGGGGAUUGGGCUACUAGCGGCCGGGCAGAGUAGCACAAUAACAGGAACUUAUGCUGGACAGUUUAUAAUGGGUGGGUUCCUAAAUUUGAGGUUAAAGAAAUGGCUCAGGGCGCUAAUCACCAGAAGCUUCGCAAUUGUGCCGACUAUAAUUGUGGCUCUGUUCUUUGAUUCAUCUGAUGCACUAGAUGUUCUAAACGAGUGGCUCAAUGUGCUUCAAUCAAUUCAGAUUCCUUUUGCACUGAUUCCUCUGAUAACCUUGGUAUCCAAGGAACAAGUCAUGGGCGUUUUUAGAAUAGGUCGUAAAAUGCAAGCUGUAACUUGGACAGUGGCUGCACUAUUGAUCACAAUCAACGGAUAUCUCUUGGUUGACUUCUUCUCAUCUGAAAUACGAGGUCCAUUGUACGGCUCGGUUCUCUGCGUGGCAGUACUUGCCUAUGCCUCAUUCGUAUUGUACCUCAUUCUGCGGGGCACCGAAAUCUCCAACCAGAUGAUCGUGGCGAUACGCAAGAGGUUGUCAUGACAGCUGUAACCAAAUUUUGCUCUCUUAUUACACAACCAUAACCUCUCAACUUAUAGAAGGCUUCUCUUCGAGAACACAGACCGGGGAUCCACAGUGUACAGUGACAUUUGAGUUGUUGCAAUAGACCCGAACCAGCGGAAGGUGGGAAAUUUACAGGGCAGUGAAUUGGUGAUGCUGCUGAACAGCUUCGCGUUCAUUCCUUUUGUCUAAUUCUUUAUUUGUCGGCAAACUAAGGCGUAGAGACAGAGAAGAGUAGAAGAGGAAGAAAGCAGUGUAAUCUUAUACUUCAUCUGUACAUGAAACCAUUUCUAUCUGGACAGUGAAUGUGAUGACCCAAUUCUGACUAUUGUUUGUACGAAUGUCUCCAUGAUAUGUUAUUGGUACUGAUACUUCGGUGA